UAAAGUAAACAGAACUUCCACAAGCUUUUGUACGAAGAAUCUAGUCGAUUUGAUUCAAGCCACUGAACCGUAACCACGUGCUCAAGUUCAUUUACACACUCGGGUUCACGUUCAGUGCUAAUCGAACCACCUGGCCGCGAUGCUGAUCCUCCGAGCGGUUCAAGCGGCCCUUCUUUACGGAAUUGGCGCAUUCUACGCGCUUCAGUUUGUGCUCCAAACCGCGUUGCAAUUCCUAGCCGAUCCCGAUCUAGCAGCCUGGCUGGCGAAGAAACGCUCGGUGGCGCCUGCUUUGCUGGGCGAUCCGCGCUAUGGAACGCAUCGCUUCGUUGAGGUUAAUGGUGUCAAGCUGCACUACGUCGAAAAGGGUGAUCCUGGGAAGCCGUUGAUGCUGUUUCUCCAUGGAUUUCCCGAGUUUUGGUUUAGCUGGCGACAUCAGUUGGAGGAGUUCUCCAAGGACUACUGGACGUUAGCCGUGGACCUGCGAGGUUACGGGCAGUCGGAAGGGUUCGAUGAUCGCGCGGCGUAUCAGAUCGAUGUGAUCGUGGAGGACAUUCGAAGCCUUGUCCGGGCACUUGGACGUGAUCGAGUGAUCGUGGUGGGACACGAUUGGGGCGCGGUACUUGGUUUUCAGUUCGUGUCCAAGCACAUGGACAUGGUCGACCGUUACGUGAUGAUGGGUGGUCCGUCGCUGAACGGGAUCCGGAGAUUGCUGCUGAUCAGUUGGCAGCAGUUCCGAAUGUCUUGGUAUACGUUCUUCUUUUUGAUUCCGUGGUUGCCGGAGUUUUACAUCUGGGGAAAGGACUUCGGAUACAUUGAGCAGAACAUGGGGGGAUUUUUGACGAAAUCUGAACUAGAGGCAUACAAGUAUACCUUUUCCCAACGGAAAGCCGUGACGCGAGCAAUCGACUACUAUCGGGAGAAUCUUAGCUUCCUGCGGAAGGAACAACCACUGCCGAAGCUUGAAAAUCAUUCCCCCGGACUCUACCUGAUCGCGGAACAUGAUCAGUUUAUAUCGCUACGAAGUGGUCGAGUGAUGGAGAGGAGCUUACCCAACCUGUGGUAUCGGAUCGUCCCCGGAACGGGACACUACAUGCAACAGCAAUCUCACCGGCUAGUCAACAAGAUGAUUCGGGACUUUUUGGACCUCUCAGGCUAA